AUGGGAGCAUUAUAUAAAUGUUAAACCACUUAUUAAUGCUCAGAGAGUCUGAUCGAUCUCAUUAUAAGUAGUGCGAUUCUGUAUUACUUUAUACUGAAGACUAAGAUCAUGUUUGAAAAUAACAAUGGAAUUCUAUUAUUAAUCGACCAAACACUAUGUGUCAUAGGCACUAUUCAGAUGGCUCUCCAAGUGUUCUACUUCGCGAUUGCAAGUACUCGUCCCCUCAUUAUGUAGAAUCCAUCAUUUGGCUGAUAAGUCUAAAAAGCAUAGGAUUGGUUUUAGAAUUGCUAAUAUGCAUAAUAUUAAUCAGUGUUAUUGUGAACAAGGAAAAACAUGAGCAACUUUUUAAUAUAGGUCGUUUGGGAUUAUGCUUGAUAGGAUUCCUUUGGCUUUAUCAGUCCAUAAGCCAUUAUCAAGAGAGUGUGUAUAUUAUUGUGGAAAAACUACAAGUUAUCAGUGCAAUGUGAUUUCGAACCUGAUUAUGUCUUUCAUUGGUUUGAUGUUGUCAAUCGUAGCAUUUGUUAUUGGAUUUUAGUGCGUUCAUCACUUACAUCAAUACAAGGAGUACUUAGUAUAAUUACCCCCUAUUAAAAGUUGGAUAACAAAAAUGACUCAUUCUCUCAUCAAUUACUUAAAUUGGAAACAAGACUUACUCAGAUCAAGAUAUUAAAAAGUAAUGUUAAUUCUCUAAUUUCUUUCAGUAAGCGGUUUGAUUUAAUACGGAGUUCAAUUCAGUUUGGAUGUAUUUGUCUAUGCAUUAUCUUCCAAUACAAUAGAGGGUACUAACUAUUUGAUACCAACAUCGAUCUUAACAGUAUAAUUUUAUUUGUUAUAGGUUUUAAUAUACUCUUUAUUAAAAUUAAUAUCACUAACAACAAUUCCAGUUGCGGUUUUCCUGGUCUGUUACGAAUGCAAUAAGGAAUACUUUGGCACUGAUCACCACAUAUGGAAUUUUCCAAAUAGCCAAAGAACUUUAAAAGCCUUAGCCGAUAACGAGUAAUUGAACUACGUUGAGAUGUCUGAAGUUAAAUGA